CCCUUCCCCCGCGGCCCUGCUGUUCCCCAGAUUAAAUGCGCCGCCCGUGCCAAUUGUACCUUUCUGAUUGCCCGCCAGCUCCCUCUCGUACCGCAUCAUGGGUUUCAUGAAGCGCUUCCGCCGCGCAAAGAGCCCCAAGAACAAAGACCUGCGCGCCCGCGACGACCUGCACUUCCCCGUCUACCACGGGCCCGACCAGAGCCAGCGCCUGGACGACAAAAUAUUGCGCCGCAUCUUCGAAUUCGUAUGCCCGCACACCACCGACGAGACCCUCGAGCCGAGCGAGGAGUCGGGCCACGAUGGGUGCAUGACCUGUGACAUGCGAGACCUGGCGCAUUGCGCCUUGACCAAGCGACAAUGGUAUGGGGUUGCCGCAGGCCUGCUCUACAGGAGCAUCCGAAUCGACGCCGUCCACUACUGCGAGCUGGAGGAAGUAUAUGCCGAAGAACGCAAGCGCAAGUCGCGCGGCGGCGACGAGGUUGACCCGCCGACGCUGCGACUGCAGCAGCUGUGUCGGACGGUGCGGGAGAACCACUACAUAGGCUCGCGGGUGCGCCUCCUCAAGCUCCCGUACAUGACCCGGGAGUCUUGCAAAGCCGAUCUGGCGCGGACAGUGUCGGUCUGCCCGAACCUGGAAUACAUCGACCUCCCGGAUGGCUUCUUCAGCGGCGAUCCCUCGUGUCAUACGCUGCGGCAAGAGCUACAGGCGCGGUGUCCACACAUCCGGAAGACCAAGUUCAACGAGGGUGGCGAGCAGGCCCUGGAGUCAUUGCUCCAUGGUUACUGGCAAGAGCUGCGCGUUAUUGAGAUGAACAAGAUCCAAAUCGAGCCCUCGAUCCUUAGGCGGGUGUUUGGCGUCCUCCCAUGGCUGAGCGAAGUCAGCUUCACCAGCAUCUCGUGGAUGAACGACAGCAUCUUCCACUCUGCGCCCGGGAUUCCCGAAUUCCCUGCGUUGGACACCUUGAAGUUGAACAAGAUCAGCGGCAUUACAGCCGAGGGCGUCGUGCAGUAUCUGGAGAAUCCCGUCUGCCGAGAUGCCUUGAGGACGUUGAAGAUUAAGGACUGCGCUAGGCUGCCAGUCUCGUCACUACAUAACAUUCUGGGCAUGGCGACAAGUCUCGAGACGUUGGAGUACACCGCGACCGUGUCCGCCGCUCUACCCAUCGAUCCCCUCCCGCCAAUGACCUCCCGCACACUCGGCAAGCUCAACUACGAAAUCAUCUCCAACUCAGCCAACCAGCUGUAUCCGCCUGGCGCAUCUUACUAUCAAUACCUCACUAACUCGCUCAUGUCCGGCGCCCUCCCCUCCCUCCGCCAACUCUACGUCCGCGACCCCGACUUCCCCGAAUCGCUCACCCUCGCCCCACCCAUCCGUCCCUUUGCCGACUCCCCCGCGCACAACCCCCGCGGCUUCAACCAACCACUCGAGGUCUUCUCCAAGGGCCUGGACGAGCUUGAAUGGAUUUUCACCUCCAUUAUUCCCGCCGACGGCUAUGGACGGCGAGGCUCCAUGUCGGGAGGCCGGCCACUGAGCAGCUACUCCGCAAGCAAGGGCCUCGGGCCGCAAUGGGGCGGCGAUGCGAGGAAGAGCGUCGUGGUACCGAACGGCUUUGGCGGAUUCUUGGCUGUCCCAGCGGAGAGCGAGAGGCCGCGGAGCGCGGGCAAUCUCGGCCCGUCGUCCUCGUACGGCCACGCGCAUUCGCACUCGCUGGGCAACGGGAUCCGCGCGAGCUGGAUGAGCCAUCAAAAGCGGUCGUCGAGGGCGGAUCUAUGGCGCUGAGUGAAUUGAACACGCGUACAACCGCCCCGUGUCCAACAUUUCGAUUCCUAUCUGAGCGGCGUAUGCCCCUAUGCUGCCUCAUCCUUUUCCUGCCUUCGACCACCCGGUUCGUAGAGGCGCAGAGCAGAGCAGAGCCCUUACCUCUCCGGUGGGGAGGGCAACGCCUCAGGCACCUAC